AUGUUUCAGCUCUCCGAAGAUGUUGUGAACCGAAUGAAAGAAUCUCCUCAAAGAGACAAGCAGAGAUUGCCCCGUUCAUCCAGUGCCACAGCUCCGUCUUCACCAGCUGCAGAAGGGAAACCCAAAUCUUCUACAGGUAUCCAGCCACCAAUGGCAAGUGAUUCUGUUCAGAAGUCUACUGCUGCAGAGCAAGAACUGUACAGGAGGUAUGAGCAAGAACAGGCACUGGUGCAAGAGGAGUUGCUCCGGCUGGCCAAAAGAGAAAGGGAAGCAGCCAGUGAGGCCUUGAGUACUGCCCUUCAGCGGGAAAGGAACAACACUAACGAAGAGAGGCAGAGAGUGGCCCAGCUGGCUGUGGAGCUGCAAGGCAGGGAAGCAGAGCUGAAGCGGCGAGAGGCCUUCUAUAAAGAGCAGUUGGCCCGCAUUGAGAGGAAGAAUGCAGAGAUCUACAAGCUGACAUCCGAGCAGUACCAGGAGGCAGCCACCAAGGCAGAGGAGUGGAUAAAGAGGAGGAACACUGAUCCUGUCUGUGCAAGCCUGCAGUCUGAAAUUCUGAAGUGCUACCAAGAAAACAAACGUGAAGUGCUCAAAUGCUCAGAGCUGGCUAAGGAAUAUCAGCGCUGCGUUAGUGCAGCUCAGAAGGAGCUGUUAGUUAAUUCUGCAUAAACAUCAGGCGCCAAAGAGCAGAGGACAGGGACCACAGAUGCCCUUGGAAUCCCCAGCAUCCUUCUGGACAGACACUGACCAAAUCCGGUGCCUUCUGCCCUUCGCGGUCCAACACGACGACAUGAUUCCUCUCCUAAUUGUCUGCAUGUAUCAGUCUCAGUGGAUGUUUCUGGAGCUGGGAGGAGGGUCCCGGGAGAGGGGGACGCUAUCAUUUCCUUUUUUUACUGUAUUACAGUGUAAAGAAUCAUAUUGACCCCAAGUGCUUCCAGCACAGCUUGUAGCUUGGAGGCUUGCCCAACACAAGCCUUCUUCACCCUGCACUAGCUUUGGUUUCACCAACCAUAUUUGCAUUUCAAGAGCUGUUCUCUUCGUCCCUUUGCUCUGGAGAAAGGGGUCUGAGGUACCUGGAAGUAACCCUGACUAGCUUGUUAGGAUUAACUGUUCCUGACGUGCUCCCAUCGGUUACACCAGCAGGCGUGUUUCUUCCCUUCCAAGGAUCCCUUCUAAACAAUAAAGUGUUUAA